AUGGUCCACGCAGACGCAGCCGCGCUUCCGUCAUACGUCGUCUCCAAGACCGACUUUUACGACCACCUCGAGUCCUCCCUCUCCGGCCUCGUCGACCCAGGCACCGACUGGAUCAGCUCGCUCUCCAAUGCGGCCUCGCUCAUCUUCAACUCGAUGAACCGCUACCCCGUGUGGGCCGAAAAGCGCGUCAAUUGGGCCGGCUUCUACCUCCUCUCGCCUCUCCUGCCAUCCGAGCUUGUGUCGAGGAAGCACAGGAAACACCCAACGCUGCUGCUCGGCCCCUUCAACGGUCUGCCUGCCUGUCAGCUCAUCUACAGUGUACCUGGCAAGGGUGUUUGCGCUGAUGCAUCGGCGUUGUUGCCACCAAGAGUGGUGCGGGUGGCUGAUACGGAGGCCUACCCGGGACACAUCGCUUGCGACUCGUUGAGCAGGUCCGAGAUCGUCGUGCCUCUGGUCAUCAAGCGGGAGAGAUUGGCGAGAAUUCAUCAGGAGGCACUGGAGGAGCAGUCGCCGUCAGGGAAGCAGGCCGCGAGCGCGGCGGACGGCAAGGACAGGUCGUGGGCUGGCAGAGGCGACGGAGACGACAUCAUCAUUGGUGUCCUCGACAUUGACUGCGAAUCGCUCGACGGAUUCGACGAGGAGGACGAAAAGAGGCUGCAAAAGAUCGCCAACUUGAUCGUUGAGCGCUCAGCUUGGUAG